AGGCGCCCCUAUUACCUAUUUCUUGAGGUUAUUUUUAUAAAUCUAUUAUAUCUGUAAGUAGAAAUAUUAUAUGAUGGUUGCCACGGGGCAUUUCUUCCCAACUCCCUGUUCUGUGACAUCGUGGUAACUUGCAAUCAGUCAUGGUGGGAAUAUUUACACCAUGGGAAUAGGCAAACACUACAAGUCAGAGCUUUUAUUUCUCCCCUCAGGGAAGCAGUUAAACAUUUACCAGCACACCAUGAGGGUGCUUGGCCUUAUGUUCAGAGGCAGAUUUAUGUAGAAGGGAGCUUUCUCCCCGUUUCAGUAUUGAGCCUUUUCAUACAGGUUAUAUAUCUAUGACGUGCAUCACGUCCCCUAGAUGGAGAGCAUCUGUGCAGUGCACAACUUGACCUACGUUCUCAGUGGUCCUGACUCUUUGUUAUAUAUUGUCACAGCAGACAACAUAUUUAAAAUACAGGCUUGCUCCCAACUCUUGCCCAUCCUUUGUGUUUCCCUGGAUCCAGCCUUACCAUUGUAAGCAGCAGUUUCUUUAAUAAAUUCUGCUCAAAUCACCCAAGUUGGGGUUGUACCAUUCAUUUCCUUCUGGGACCGUGACCGAUUCAACAAUCAGUAGGAUCAGGAAACAAAUCCGCGUUCGGGGCGGGGGAUUCUACCACACGGAAGAAGCACAGGCAGAGCUCGACCGGGGGUCCGAUGGAGCACAGAGCAAACACGGAGCAACCGGAAGAUGAGAAUGUCCAACUGGAAAAGCGAUGGGCGGUCAGAAAGCUUCCUUGGCGGAGUGUCCCUUCCUGCUCGGCAACUCUCCAUGGCUCCCUGCCCUCCGGAGACAGGCCGACCCCUCCGUCUGGCUUUGCAGGAGCGCAGGCCCUGACCUGUCAGUGGGCGACACGUGAGUUUCUGAUUAAUGUAUCGGAAAUGCCCUUUCGGUGGAAGGUGGGCCACGAGGUGUGUGCCAACGGCUGGGGCUGCCAAGACACGCUGAUCCUCAUUGACAACGGACUUCAAGUGAACAUAGUACUCACCAAGGGCUGCACCCCGGUGGGGAAUCAGGAUGCCCGCAUCACGGAGCACAGGGCAGGCCCCGGCCUCUCCAUCCUCUCCUACACCCACGUGUGCCGCCACGAAGACAACUGCAACAACUUGUCCACCACCCUCCCACUCUGGGCCCUGCCCUCCACCGCAGGCCCGGGCUCCCUUCGGUGUCCAGUCUGCUUGUCUAAACGGGACUGCGAGUCUGCGACAAAGGUGACCUGCCCGGCCGGGAGCACGCACUGCUACCGUGGCUCAAUCCAGCUCAGGGGAGGGGGUGUCUUCACCGUUCUGAGAGUCCAAGGAUGCAUGUCCCAAGAUGGCUGCAACGUGCUUAACGGGACUCGGGAAAUCGGGUCCAUCGUUGUGAGUGAGGACUGCAGCCCUAACGCUUUUCUGACCUGUGAAUGGGGGAGCGAGUUACUCACUGGCCGAAACCUGUCUCGGAUGCCCAUCAGGUGGACCGCAACUCACAAGAUUUGUGACCCUGGGGAGGUGUGUGAGGAGACUCUUCUGCUGGUAGAGGCAGGACAGAGCUCAGUCAUAGCGGGAAGCAAAGGCUGCACCAAGGGCAGGACGCAGGAUGCCCCGACUGUCUCCAUACACUCGGGGCCCCCCGGAGUGCUGGUCGCCUCCUAUGCCCAUUUCUGCUCCUCCGACAGGUGCAACAGGGCCAGGAGUACCAGUGUCCUACUGAACUCUCUCCCUCGUCCAGCUGCCCCCACCCCGGGAGACUUGCAGUGUCCCAUCUGUGUGCAGGGCUCUGCCCCGUGCCCAGAAAACCCGGAAAACGUUACAUGCCCUAACGGCACGACUCACUGUUACAGCGGUUACAUUAGGCUCUAUGGAGGUGGGAUCACCUCUAAGAUCCAUAUUCAGGGCUGCGUGACCGAAGCUUCCAGCUCCUUGUUGAACCAUACACAGAAAAUUGGGAUCUUCUCCGUGGCUGAGAAUUCGGAGGAACCGCUCGAGCCCUUUCUCCAAGAUGGAGCUGUCCCCACCCGCCUACUGGCUUGGGUGGUGGGACUUGGCUUGUCCCUAGCCCUCUGGUGUGGGAUGCCUCUCUGCUGAGCCCAUUUCCCGAUGAUUCUCAGCUCCUUGCUGAUUCCCCGAGCCAACUUUUCCUCUGACCUCAUAACCAAACAGCCUUGGGCGUUGAAUGAUUUCCUUGUCCUCUCCAUGAAUGAUCAUCCCUCGACACCCCCACAGACCUCCGUGACCUGAUAACAACACGCCGCUGGGAGCGGCAGAACUUGCCCUCUGGGAGAGUCAAGGAGUGGCCACUUGUGUCCGAUAAUAAAGGCAUCGUCCUUUCCCUGAA